CCGGUUCCUAGCUGGUGUUUCCCCAUUGUAAAGUAUUGGAAAAGCAGCAGAUCCAAAUGGCAUGGACAUUUACGCAAGGUCUGCUGCUCUGCCGUUCUGUUGGGGUCUAUUUGCAGUCUCCUAUUUCAACUGAACUCCAUCAUCAUCAACCAACAGCAUCGAAAGCACUGCAGCAGCAAGAGCGACUACCGAGCCCAAGCAGACGGCAUGAGGCUUGAUCCAGUCCAUUUCUCCAUGCUGGUCAUCGGGGUAUCCUUCGCCUGCUACUCCCCGAGUUUAAAUUCUUUGCAGGACCAGGCUUACAGAUCGGCGGUAGUCAUUGAAGGAAAGGUGCAGUCUCUACCCACUAAUGUUACCAAGGAGCCCUACAGUGUGAAUGUCAUAGUGCUGGACGUGUGGCCCCUUAAUAGCGGGGGGCUUCAAAGGAACCAGCUUGUGACCAUCGGGGAUUUUGGUUCGGAGCCUCCGUGCAUCAAAGUGAAAAAUAACCACAAAUACGUGUUUUUCAUGGACCUAACUGACAAGCCCUUGGUAUUCAAGGCAUCGUUCGCUCCUCUAGACACCAGCGGGAAGAAUCUAAAAAAAGAUGUUGGGAGGAUCUUGUGCGAAGACUGCGCCUCUCCCCCAAAGAUAAAGAAGAUCAAGAACCAGGUCCUUCAGGAGGGAGAAAAACUCACACUGAAAUGUGAGGCCACGGGUAACCCCACCCUCACCUACAAAUGGUACCGGGAUGGAACAGAGCUGAAAAAGAGUCCAGAGAUCAAAAUCAAGUCUGGGAGGAAGAAUUCUCGGCUCCAGAUCAGCAGUGUGAAGGUAGCUGACGGAGGGGAUUAUACCUGCGAAGUGGAGAAUCUUUUAGGCAAAGAAACUAUGAAGACUACUAUCAGCAUCCAGAGCAUAACAACAACCUUGUCACCUGGUUCAGGCCAUGCAAGAAGGUGCAAUGAAACAGAAAAAAAUUUCUGUGUGAAUGGAGGCGUGUGUUACUACAUAGAUGGUAUAAACCAACUCUCUUGCAAAUGUCCCACAGGAUUCUUUGGACCGCGAUGCUUGCAGACUGAGCCUCUGAGGUCAUACAUGCCCAAUCCUAAUAAAAAGCAUCUUGGAUUAGAAUUUAUAGAAGCAGAGGAACUCUAUCAGAAGAGGGUCCUGACAAUUACCGGUAUCUGUGUCGCGCUGCUUGUGGUUGGAAUUGUGUGUGUGGUGGCCUACUGCAAAACAAAGAAGCAAAGAAAGAAGAUGCAUAACCAUCUGAGGCAGAACAUGUGUGCCGAUCAUCAGAACAGAAACCUUGCGAAUGGACCCAACCACCCUGGCCCGGGGCCCGAGGAGAUCCCCAUGGUCGAUUACAUUUCGAAAAGCGUUCCAGCUACUGAACAUGUGAUACGGCAUGACGCGGACACUUCAUUUUCUGGUAGCCACCCUUCAUCUGUGUCUCAUCAUUCUUCGACAGUGACCCACACAUCCAGUCACAGACACGAAGACCGCACUUGGAGCUUGGACCGGACUGAGAGCAUUAUUUCAGACUCCCAUUCUGGCAUGAUGUCAUCAUCGGUGGGGACCAGUAAAUGCAACAGUCCUGCCUGUAUCGAGGCUCGAACCAGGCGCGCAGCUCACUGCGGCAUCAAAGAACCCCCACGGCCCAUGAUGCAGUACAGAGACUCCAUCGACUCCCUCUUAGACUCACCACACAGCGACAGAUACGUGUCGGCUCUGACUACACCAGCCAGGCUCUCUCCCGUGGACCUCCAUUACUCACUGCCUACCCAGGUGCCUACUUUUGAAAUCACUUCUCCCAAUUCCAAGCAUGCUGCUUCCCUGCCCCCCGCUGCCCCCGUCACUUACCGUGUGGAAGAGGAACAACCGUUGCUACGCAGAUACCAGGUGCCGCUGCAGGAUGUCCAAAGACAUGACCCGUACCGGCAGCGGCGUAGCUAUCUCAAUGACAGCACGGGCAGCCUGCCAUCCAGCCCCCUCCGCAUGGUGGAGGAUGACGAAUACGAGACCACCCAGGAGUACCUUUCCUCGCUGGAGCAACCAAAGAAAACAGCCAGCAACAGCAAACGGUGGAAAAAGUCCAAACUCAACGGGCAUAUCUCCCACCGUGGAGAUGCCAUGAGGGACGAUAGUUCACGAAGCUGCAUGUCUGAAAGUGAUUCGGAGGAGGAGCACGUUGGGGAAAGCACUCCAUUCUUAAGUAUGCAAAACAUGAACAUGGCGGAAAAUACAGAACCGCCGACUGUAUACAGACCGGCGGAGAGCAGGACUUAUUAUUCAUCUAACAGACAUAAUGCACGUGGAAAUGUACAAACCAGAGGAACACACACAAGAGCAAAACAAGACUCUGCUCCUCUUUAAAAAGAAUGAGGAAGAAAGAACGAACUUGCUCGAGACCUGCACCUCCCACAAAUAUCUUUAUUUUAUAUAACAGACAGAUAUUCGAAACAAAGGAAAUGUUUUAUUUUCAUUUUAGCAAAAGUUGUCUACUAGCUAACAGCAAAGACUUUUUUUAUAGGGAAAACUAUUUAUAUGUAAAAUUUGAUUUACAGCUUACAAAAAAAGAGAGAAGAUGUGCCAAUUUUUCACUUCUUAAAGAUAGAAUAAUAUUGUGGUGCCUUUUGCUGUAUGCUAAUGCCAGAGUUCCUGCUAAGGUUUGAGUUUUUUGUAUCCUUUCUAUACAAACUCAUCAUUUUUUAUAGACACAUUUUCUCCCAAUUCUGUUUCAGGGGGCAUUUUCCCAUUUUAACAGUGUUGCUGAAUAUGGUCAUACAUGCUGGUUAAGCUGUCAUGCAAUAUAAGUCAGUAUUUUUACAUUAAAAACCCAUGGAUGCAUUAAUCAGUUUUUAACAAAAGGAUGCUAUUGUAAUUCUGAGAGGUGAGUAUGUGUCAACAGAAGGUGUAAUGAUACAACACACAUGAAACCUGUGAAGAGUGCCAACGUCAAUGAUCAAAGUCACUUAUCUGGCAACAUUUUACAUUAGUGUAUUUAUUGUAGUUUGAUUGGGUUGUUAAAUCUAUUAAAACUCUUAAUUUCAACAGUAGGUUUUUAUUGAAGGGACCUGGAGAAUAGGGGAGGGGAGUUGAGGAUCAUUUAAAUAAGUGGCCUGGAGAAUAGUAGAGAGGAGUGGCGGUUUAUUUUUGAUAAGUACAAAGGGUAUUGGCCUUGAUAAUGAUUCAUGAGCUCGACAGUUUAACUUCUAUUUAAAGGACGCCACCUCCUAAUAUUAACACCACGAUGGGGCAUUGCUAGAGCACUGACUACAAAACAGUGGCCUCUGUUGUUUCACCAACACAAGUUCACAUCUAGUCUUAAUAUCACAGAAAUGCGACUUGGUGAUUUCACGUUUUGGCUCUUCAUGUAUAUAUUUACACAUACAGGAUGGGCCAAAAGUUGCACAUCAUAAAAGGCUAUUUAGGGCAGCUUGUGUUGAGCCCCAUUAUUUCGUUCUUCUGAUGCCUCUGGUUAAUGUGUGGAGCCAGCCAUUCAUUCUCUUAGUACUUGCCUCUUGAAAUGAGAAAGCAGUCUAAAGGUAUCCUUUCCAGUGGCCAGCCUUUUCUUUAUCCAUGUUUCCAAUGGCACACAACUUUUUCCUCACCUCCUAUAUAUAUAUGGGAUUGAAUUGUAAACCCUAUAUUGCUAGGGAUUGUCUCAACCCUAUUGUUAAAUCUAGUCCCUACUCCAAUGCCUGUACCCCUUCCCAAUCUAUAAAUGCUCACAAGGGAUUUAGAAAGAUUAUGAUUGGGUCACAGUUUAGGCUGAGAUAUUUACACAAAUUCUGUAUUUUAUUUUAAACUGGUCAAAACAGGUAGUUAAAAUGUUGGAUGACGUUUUACUUGGGCCCGACUACUAAGGAGCCCGGCUAUGAGCCCUGGCCUGUUUGACUGGUGGACUGUAUGUAGCAGCUGUGCAUUCUGCAUACCAUUAUAUUCCUCAUAAGUCAUGCAAGUAUAAGAUGAUGACACUGCUCUGGUAUAAAGUGAAUCUAACACAAAGGCAAAAUUCUCAAUUUCUUUGAGAAAAAAAUGGAACUACAACAAAUAUAAAUGACUUCUUAUCGAAGGCACAGUGUUAUUAGCAUAAUAAUUAAAAGAUUUCCUAGAAUAGAAUCUGCUUUCCUUUUUAAGUCUGUCACUGGUAAAUUGCAAUGUGUUUUUUUUUUUUUUUUUUUUUGGUUUGUUUUUGUGUUUGGGUAAUGCAAAUGAACACAGUGUUUCUAGUUGUUUACAUGUCAACGUGCCCCAAUAGGAUAUUUUAGUUGUUUUGUUUAUUUUAGAGCUUGACCUUUUUCAGAAAAACAAAACAAAAAGCAACACCUUCUUUCUGCAUGUCGUUGGCAGUUCAGAGUGACGGAUGCAUGGUAAAGUUGCAACAGAAAAGACUUCCAGUCUUAAGAAAUGAAAGUGUGUUUAAUUUAACAUUCAGCAAUAAAGCCUUUUUCAUGUCCAUUACUGGAAACUGCUGGAGAUUUUGCCAGAUUGUGGUAAAUACUUGUAAAAUAAAAACUAAACCACCUAUUCAUACGAAAAAAUAAAUCUUUAUUCAUACCAUUUUUAACAUAAUUUCUUUAUCUCUAUCAGGACAGGGUUUCUAAAGUUAUGGAGGUCAUUAGGCUUUGAUCAUUCUAAUUGAGCCUUUUCACAAACUUGUUUUGACUUCUGUAUUAGUUUAUUUUAGGACUUGAUGUUUUUGAAUGUUUCUUUGUAUCACUCACCUUUCAGAGUGCUCAUGUGACCUGGGUUCUUCAUUGAAACACCAUGAACCCUGUUAAUUAUACAACAGGUUUCACCACUUUCAGUGUAUGGGUUGAUUCUAACCAGCCGAGACAACGACAUUCUGUGGUUGAGUGGGGCAGAGACACUGGUAGCCAAAGUGAACAACAAGAAAGCGUCAGGUCUAAUUGACACCCAUUUCAUCAGGUUUUCCUUAGUUUGGAUAUCUACCCCAGCUGUAUUUAGUCAGCUGCUGGUCAGAAGCAAAGAACACAUUGAAAAUGAUCUCACUAACUUGCAAAGCCCCUGCAACUCGAUGAGAUCGGCUUAGAAACAAAUAUGUAACUUUAAAAGGUGAGUGAUUUAUUAAGGUAUUGUGUGAACCCCUAGGAGCAUCCCUAGCUAUCAGUCACUUGUAUAAUUCUGGGAGCUCAAUUGAUUACUGGAUUCAGGGUGCUGGACCCAAAGCUAUGAUCAGAUUAAUAUAGUAGCAUUACAUUACCCUCUUCUAUGAUGGCGUUCCAUCAAGCUUUAUCCAAUGUGUAUUGAUAGUGAACCCGUUUUCGCCCUGUUAGUUUACACAGUAGAGUUUCUGGGACAGGUCCAUCUACCUUGUGUGUGGAAGUUUAAUUGUAUAGUUCCAUAAAACAAAACAAAAAAACAAAGUAUGUGUGGAUGAAUCUCUCGACUCUUAUUAAACCAGUCACAUAUUUUAAAAAGUGGAACUUAUCAAGUACUUAAACCAAAGGCUUCAAUUAUAUAGAUUAUAAUUAUUCAAGAAUUCAUUACAUUAACACUCAAUCUUAAAAGUAAAACGACAGCAUUGGAAACAAAGUCAAAUUGUAUCGAGGUCAUGAUUCCUAUUUCCAUGGUAAUGCAGAAUAUACAGAAUUUGUAGUACCUGUAGGCUAUUGGACACCCAGAUCAGCUCAUUGAUGAGGUUCUGAUGUUCUGAUGCAAGUGGGUACAGGUUAGGAAAGCUUUGGCCAAAUUACGAUGGUUCAGAUCUGUGCUACCUGAAGAUAUGAGCCCUAAUCCUAACCCUAACCCUAACCCUUAUCCUAUGCAUUACAGAGCAACUGUUAUCAGUUAACCUAACGU